GUUCCAGGGACCAGACCAGACCAGACCAGAGCAGUCGGACAUCAACAACAAUCGCCAAAAUUAAAUAAUCCCCAAUACAACAACAAUUUCUCACCCACCCGCGUUGCUCCACGUAUUUUGCUGCUGCUGCGGUUGUUGUUUUAGACCAUGCGUGAGGGUUCUUAGCCUCUGACGCUACUUGCUUCUUCUGUUUCCUUUGUUACUUCUUUUGGUCCCCUUUUUUCUUUUUUUCUUUGGGGCGAGGAUUGAGACACCAUCCCGCCAGUCUUGCUUAUAGACAGCAUUUGACGUUUUUUUUGGGGGGCCUGGCCUUGCCAUUAUUCAACAUGGCCGCCCACGCGUAUACCAUCCCGGAUUGGGCCCCUACCCAGACUACCAUCUCAGACACUCCUAGUAACGGACGGCAAGUCAUGCUGCCGACGAAUCCUGACGAUUUCCAUCCGCUGCCGCGACACGACGAAGCCGACUCGGAGUCUGACCACGAGCCAGAACUGUCUUCAUCACGACCCCCUCCUCCCACCGCGUCAAUUCCCACACGUCGUCCUUCUCGUCUCCGGAGCAUGAGUAACUCACUGGGCUGGCGGCCACGACCAAAGUCCGCCGUGUUUGGGACGACUACCGCAGACGAUCUCGCAGCACCUCUGGCCGACAUGGUCCUCGACAACGCGCGACGUGCCAGCAACGGCGAGUGGCACGCUGGAAGCCGCAGCAACAACGAAUCAGCCGUGAUGGACGUUGAGGAAGAUGGCAAAGGCAAGGGGAAGGUCAGGGGCAUGAUCCGUCGCGCCUCUGUCUCCCUGAAGCGCGCUGUUUCCCGCCGGUCUUCCACAGCUACCAGCACAGGUGAAGAGCAUGAACACGCGGUCCGCCGCUUCCUGCGCUCAGCACAUGGACACCUGAGAUCACCCUCCUUGGAUAUACAUAAUCGCGAAGAACAUCAGCCACAACAGUCGCAAACUAGGCAAAAGCGAGGCCCUCCGGUCUCUUUCCGAACGCCUCGGUACACGUCAGACCAGGAGUCGGCGCGCCCUUCUACAUCACAUUCCUCCACAUGGCGUCGACUGCGCCAGGCUACGAGCUUCCGACGGUCUAGCGGAAACUUGUUUGAGAGCACGGAUAAUUCACGAAACUCGGCAUUUUUUACAAGCCCCGUGCCAGGGAACGGCGGCGCUCCACCGAUAAUUCCCAGGAACACCGGAGGAGCUGCCCGAGCUGCGGCAGCGGACGCCGCUAUGAACGCCGACGUGUUCCGCUCAAUGACACCGGCGGAGUGGGCAGUCAAUUUAGCCAAGGGUAGCAAUGGCUUGGGCAGCAGUAACCCCAACCAUCCCCAUCACAGCCUGACACACAGCAACGACGGCGAAAGUGGCAUUGGCAUCGCAGUCACCGCUACCGAGUCUGAAUCCGAACGCGAUAAGACCGAUUCUCGACUCGACUUGGCUCAGCACGCAAGCGGGACCUACACUAUGGACAGGCAACGACUGUCUGGUGGUUUGACGCGUGCUGGGUCGUCCACUGGAAGCGUUCAGAUGGCCGACGGUAUCCCUCGUGUGGACUUUAUCGCACAUCUGCCCCUGGAGCUUGCCCUCGAGGUGCUUUCAUACCUCGACUACAUCGAUCUGGCAACCGCCGAGCGUGUGUCCAGUCCAUGGAGACAUGUGACGGGUCACAGCUACAUCUGGCGCAAGUCUUUCUUGCGUAGCAUGACGAGCACGUUCGCCACGGGAGGCCAAGUCAAGCCUGGCGCUGGACUCGGCGUUCCUCCUGUCCGACCGGAGAACAACUGGAAGGACAUUUACAGGGCGAGGGUGGAACUGGACAGAAGGUGGAAGACGGGUAAUGCCAGUCCGGUGUACCUGAAUGGGCAUACCGAUAGUAUCUACUGUCUGCAGUUUGAUGAGUCGAAAAUCAUUACAGGCUCUCGAGACAAGACCAUCCGGGUUUGGGAUAUGCACACGCUAUCUUGCCGAUAUGUCAUUGGUCCUCCUGACAUCGUCCGCGAACAAAACGUUCUGUGUGACGCCAAUGGACAGCCAACUCAUUUCGCUACCACAGAGGCCAGCCCAAGGGCGAACCCGUCCUUCCCUGCGACGCUGACCUUCCCGAACCACCACAACGCCUCGAUUCUUUGCCUGCAAUAUGACGACCGAAUCCUGGUAACGGGCAGUUCCGACUCGACGUGCAUCGUGCACUCGAUUACGUCGGGCUACCGACCCAUUCGCCGGCUGCAGCACCACUCGGCGGCGGUCCUGGACCUGGUGUUUGAUGACCGGUACAUUGUGACGUGCUCCAAGGACGUUUCCAUCUGCGUGUGGGACCGCGAGACGGGUGAGCUGCUCCGACAACUGCGUGGGCACGCGGGACCCGUCAACGCGGUGCAGAUGCGCGGUGACACCAUCGUGAGCUGCUCGGGCGACUUCAAGGUCAAGCUGUGGAACAUCAGCACGGGCACGUGCAUCCGGGAGUUCGCGGGCCACACAAAGGGCCUGGCCUGCUCGCAGUUCAGCGAGGACGGCAGGUACGUCGCCUCGGCCGGCAACGACCGCACCAUCCGGGUCUGGGAUGCCAACACGGGCGAGUGUGUGCGCGAGGUGGCGGCCCAUACCAACCUCGUCCGCAGUCUGCACAUCGACUCGGUCAGCGGGCGCCUGGUCAGCGGCAGCUACGACACGGACAUUAUGGUCUUCGACAUGGAGACGGGGAGGCAGCUGCUGCACUUCCCCGGGUGGCACGCCAGCUGGGUCCUCAGCGCAAAGAGCGACUACAGGCGCAUCAUAUCGACGGGGCAGGACCCCAAAAUCUUGGUUAUGGACUUUGGCAAGGGCGUCCCGAACAUCGAGGCCCUGGAGAGCUGCGACCAGCGUGACAGCGGUCGUGUUGGUUACAUUUAGACGGCAUUGUCUGCGUUGUUGUGGACCAUGUGCUUUGUGUUGGAUGGAGGAAACUUGAGGUUCCGUCUGGGGUAUACCAUCUAAUAAUCGCCACGUUUGGCGGGUACUUGGUCACCUUACCCAUUGUACUUCAUUAUCGGACCUCAGUACAUGAGCGAAAAGUUGGAUAACAACAUAUUUUGGAGGAGCACAUAGAAUGCUCCUCAGUGGGACACGACUGUGUUUCCCACGUUACGGGGGGCAUAUACCCCCUGUUCUACAUUGCAUCCUGGGAGCUUUUGAGCUGGCAUCUUCUGCUUUUCGUUUGUAUUUUUUGUUUGUUUCAUUAUUGGAAGGAAGCCUUUUUUUUGGGAUAUUGUCAUAUUUUCUUUCCUCCUUUUUUUU